ACGAAUCCGGUCAAACUCUGUUACGAAUCCGUACCCAGUCGGACAACAGCAGGACUGUUCUGGCACAGUAAAACACAGUGGAACACAACUAGCCAUAUGCUUUUGAGCAGCUAUCGAGAGAUGUCACGAGAAAAUCCAAAAUCUGACCAACAUUUGCUUCCAACUUGUCCCAUAAAAAUAAGCGUCCCACAUGCUGUCCUCAGGAACCAUCGGGGGCAAGGUACCUAUUACGUGUACACCAUUCAAAUCAAGAUCGUGCCUCCUUCACAGUUUACUGCAGCAGAUCAGUCAGACACAAUUUCUGACUGUAAGUGGAGUGUUGAGCAUCGAUACACAACACUCGCCGAACUACACGAGGAUCUACUAGGCUACAAUGACGACCUGACCCGAAACAGAAAAAGAAUUAGUGGUAGCGACCAUGAAGAACGGUAUCUCGCACACCCAUGUCUCCCGCGCCCCUUUCCUUGUCUCGAAGAUAUACCGUUCCCGCGAAGACGACUGCUGCCAACCAUCCAUCCCCCUUCUGUUUAUCCUUGGCUGAACUGUGUGCGGGCGAUCUCGGACAAGAGAGAUAAGCCAGUCCUUCCUGGUCAAUCCAAACGAGUUGAUCAACGUAGAAAUGCUCUGGAGACCUACUUGAACGAACUAGUUACCUUGAUUUGGACGACAGUUCAAACAACGGAGGUUGCAAAUAUAGUGCAUUCCAUAGUUUUACGUGAUCUUCCACAGGAAUCAUGUGGGGUAGAUCAGUGGAAAUGUCUAAUGAAUGCACAGGAAAUCCAAUGCUGGUUGACUACCCUUCUUCCAAUAUUCUCAAAGUCCAAAUUCGAUAAAAUCAACUAA